UCUCCGAGGGAGAUCUCUGAGGCUCCUCUGUCCCAGGAGGGGCAAGUAGAUUUAAUAUGUGGAACAUUGUUGGGAAAAUACCUACUGGAUAAAAGAAAUCAAUGCAGCCCGAGCUGGCGAGCAUGCAGUCCACUCCCAUCUUCCUGGAGUGUUUACUUUUUGAAAAGCUGACAGCUGGCAGGAUGGAUGGGGAGACCGACCAGAAGAACUUGAUCUGGUUGCCUUCGUUCGGCAGGCUGUGGGGAAGAUUCAAGGUAAGCUUUUGUGUCUCACAGUUGGCAGACGGACAGUGUAAACUGUGGGAAUGGACAGUCCCUCUCUCCAACAGGCCCAAGCCUUUGAGAGAAUCUGAUUGGUUGAUCCUCCAAGGGCUUGUGAGGCACCAGCAUUUAAUUUCUAAGGCAAUGAUGAACUGCCCCCGGGUGCAGCAAAACAGUAGUUCCAAAGGCUGUUUACUGAGCACUUACUACAUGCCACAUCGCAGGCGGACUGAACACAGUUCCAAUGUUCCAGAACAACCGAUGAGCCUCCGCUGGGAGAAAAGACGGAUCAAGAAGGCUUGGAGAUCAAGAGUGCUGCAGCCUGACCUUGGUGCAGUCUGUGGGGAGAUAAAGUUUACAGGGGUUUCUGCUUCCAUCGGGCCGAUAUGGCUCUCUUGCCACCAGAGGGCGCUGUGUCCUGUCUGCUUAUCACAGCCGGAUGCCGGUCUGGAAACCCGAGCUUCCUGCAGAGGCUGAAUUCAGAGAGCUGAUAGACCUCGGGCCCUGCCACUCCACCGCCGACAGUACAGUCUCCUGGCCGCUUGCUCUGUCGACAUGGGAUGCUCUGGGACCACCGCCUCUCAGAAUGCUGAGGUCUGGGUCUGGGGUGAACUCUUGGUGCCCUUUCUGGGCCCCAUGACCAUCUUAGGCCUGGCUAAGCAAUGUGAUCUGUCAUCUCUAUAACUGAAAUUCUGUCUCAUCUCUUCCCAGGUGGCACAAGUGGUAAGCACUCUACCUGCCCAUGCAGGAGACAAAGAGACGUGGGUUCGAUCCUUGAGUCUCGAAGAUCCCCUGGAGAAGGAGGUGGCAACC